CUCCCUCAGGUCCCACCCCAAGUCCUCGCGUCUUCUCAUGCCAUCGUCUGUGGCGCUGCACGGGCCAAUGUAACUCGUCAUUCAUCCCGCCGGUUAUCUCAACAUCAAUUUCCGGAAGACGCAGCAUCACCGUCUACCCACAAGAAGCGAGAACGGGAUAGAGACACCAUGCAUCAUCCUCACGGAUUCCCUUCGACAACAGACCAGAACGUGGAAAGCGCGCCCCAACCCAUCGAUGGUGGGCCAAUGCACCACCCAGGCCCCACAUUCCCCUUCGACCCCGCUCAGCGACGUGCAUGGCCCCACCCGAAUCAACCGUACGAGCCGAUUCCCCAUCAAAUGGGACACGUUCCGGGAGCGAAUGACACUUAUUCCUCUCAAUAUCAGCCAUAUCAUGAAACGACUCACCUGCAACCUCAUUUCGAAGCCCAGACGACAUUUCCUCAGGAUUCGCUUCGGGGACAAUCAAUGGCGCAAACAGUGAAUCGAACCCCACUUUACUUCGGAAACCAAUUUGGUGUACCUGAGUACCAAGUAAUGCCUACUCGACCCGAAGAUUUUGCAUAUCCUGCCGGUAUUCCUCCUCAGACUCUUAAACGCAUGCUAUCGCCAUUUUCAACCCCCCUCCGACAGGACCCUCGAGAGAUACCUCGCCUGAAUGAAGCGAUGUUGCAGCAGUUGUUGAAUCAGUUGAAAAUGACUGCAAUUGCAAGUAACGACACACCACAGCUCGAGAAAAAAAAGACGAUCACCAGAACUGGAACCUUCAGGGAAAAGGAGAAGACCGCAGGUGAGAAUAAAAACUUGGAGGAGAGGAAGAAGACGACGACGACACGCAGGAAGGACUCGACCACGGACGAGGAGGAAGAAGAAGACAGAAUUAGACAGGACGCCAGGCGGAAAAAGAGAGAAAUGGAGCGAAGAAAGAAGGAGGAAGAACGAGAGAAAAAGGAGAAAGAAGCGCAGGAACAAAAGAAGCAACGCCUCAGGAAAAAACUCCUUGAUGCCAUUGUAGCGAAGGAAGACCUCAGAGCAGAUAUCGAGGAAUUAUCCGCUACUUUGAAAAGCACAGCCGAAGAAAUUCGUGGGAUUCUCCAAGAAGACGAGCAGCUCCUCAUGACGAACGGCGCGGUGUCUCUGAAUGUCACGUUGACGAUUUGCAGAGGUCAUUUGACCUCCAAAGGUUGCGUCGAAGAGACGUGUCAAUCUUUGCACAUCUGCCCGAAAUUUCCGUUCGGACUUUGCGCCGAUGCUCUUUGCGAGAACGGUCACAGUAUCAGCACGCGCCACAAUCGCCACGUCCUGAAUGAAUUGAAUCUGGAAAACGUGGAUCCUUAG